AUGGCCGAAUCUUCUAAGACCUCGACCCCUUCGAAGAAGAACCUCAAUGCCCAGGAUGAUCUCCUCGGCAUGACACCCGCGGAGAUUCGCCUCCUCUUUCUAGCCUGGGUUUAUACCGGCCAGGAUGGCAAGAUCGAUAUCGAACCCGUUGCCCAGCUCGCCAAUUUCACCGUGGGCAGUGCCAGAACUUUGAUUGGCAAGGCCAAGAGGAAGCUUACCAAGAACCUCGAAGAUGGUAUGGGUCCUCCUGCAUCUAUGGGAAAGACCACCCCGUCCAAGACCCCCGCCACCCCAUCCAAGGUUGCCUCGACUAAGCCCGCGGCCAAGCGUGGCCGUAAGCGCAAGGCCGAGUCUGAGGAUGAAGCCGAACCUGAGCAUUCCUCUGAGCCUGAGAAUGAAUACGCACCCACGUUUCAGGUCCAGGUCCUGGAAAGUGAACCCGUGGAAAGAGAGUGUGAGAGUGCACAGGAGGGCACGGAGGAGUACCAAAAUGAGGCAGAUGAGGCAGGUGAGGCUUAG